AUGACUCAAAGUGCAAGUGAACCUGUUGCUUUCAAGAAGGAUACCGUUUUGGUUAUCUUUGGUGCUUCUGGUGAUUUAGCUAAAAAGGAAACUUUCCCAGCUUUGUUUGGUCUAUACAGUGAAGGUGCCUUAGACCCAUCAACCAAGAUUAUUUGUUAUGCUCGUUCCAACAUCACUGUUCAAAAGAUUAGAGAAAUGUGUCUUCCAUACUGUCGUAAAUCUACUACCGGUAACGAUGAAGCUAAAAUGAAAGAAUUUUUCAAGAUGGUUUCUUACGUUCAAGGUGCCUAUGACACUGAUGAUGGUUAUAUCAGAUUAAGAGAUGAAAUUGAAAGUUUUGAAGCCGAAAGAGGUGUUACUGAACCACACCGUGUCUUCUAUCUAGCUGUUCCUCCAAGUAUUUUCUUAACUGUUGCUGGUCAAGUCAAGAAGAACGUUUAUGCUGAAAAUGGUAUUACUCGUGUCAUUGUAGAAAAGCCAUUCGGUGAUGAUUUGGAAUCUUCAAGAGAAAUGCAAAAGGGCUUCAAACCAUUGUUUAGACCAGAAGAAAUUUUUAAGAUUGAUCAUUUCUUGGGUAAGGAUGACGUUAGACGUUUGCUAACCGUUAGAUUUGCUAAUCCUUUCUUGAACCAAAGUUGGAACAAGGACAACAUCGAAAGUGUUCAAGUUUGGUUCAAGGAACCAUUUGGUGCUGAAGGUCGUGGUGGUUUCUUUGACUCUACCGGUAUUAUUAGAGAUGUUAUGCAAAACCAUUUGUUGCAAAUCUUGACCUUGGCUACUAUGGAAGAGCCAGUAGCUAACAAUGCCGAUGCCAUCCGUGACGCUAAGGUUGAUUUAUUGAAAUGCAUGGAACCAUUAGGACCAGAAAAUAUUGUUGCUCUAGGUCAAUAUGGUAGGUCUGUUGAUGGUACCAAACCUUCCUAUUUGGAUGAUGACACUGUUCUUAACAAGAAAUCCAAGUGUUUAACUUUUACCGAAUUGACUUUUGCAAUCCAUAACGAUCGUUGGGAAGGUGUUCCAAUUGUCAUGAGGGCUGGUAAAGGUUUAGAUGAAGACAGAGUUGAAAUUAGAAUCAAGUAUAAGAAGAAUACAAGCGGUAUGUUUAAGGGUUGUACUCCAAAUGAAUUCGUUAUCCAUUUCCAUCCAAAACCAACUAUCUACAUGACUUUCAACACUAAGGCUCCUGGUUUCGAUGAUAAAUUACAUCAAAUUAACUUGGAUAUGACAUAUGCUCAAGAAUACAAAAAAGACUGGGUCCCAGAAGCCUAUGAAUGUUUGAUUAAGGAUGCCUUCUUAGGUAACAGUGCAAACUAUGUUAGAGAUGAUGAAUUAGAUGUCAGUUGGGCCUUAUUCACUCCAUUAUUGAAAUACGUGGAAGGUCCAAAUGCUCCAGAACCAGAAAUUUAUCCAUACGGUUCCACUGGUCCAAAGGGUAUCUUGGAAUAG